AUGGCGCGAGAAUCGAAAGAUAGGAGCCACACUUCAAACGAAUUUGCUAAUGGGAGUGGAUCUCGUGUUCUUGGUGUUAAUGAGGUCGAGCAUAUUCAUGCAGUUGUUCCUUAUGAACAACCAGAGCAAACAGGCGAGACAGUAUUGGAGAGUGAUCAUGGUCACCAGAGAUAUAUGGGGGAUGGAAUAAACUCGGAGGAGCGAAAGAAACUGGCUAGCACAAUUGUAUCUCCUGCUUUGAGACGCCCAGCGAUAGAUGACAAUGUCACCAUCAGAAGUAGGAGUGCUGCAAAAUCACUCAUGUUUUCUCCCCAGGAGGAGCGAAUUGUGGAUAAGCAUGAGCCGAUAAUUGAUGCACUAAGUGAUAUGGAGAUUCAGGAGAAUGACUUGUUUGAUGAUGAGCUUCAUGAGUUGGAAAAUGCUGCCAUUUCAUCAUCUGCAGUGAGUACAACUAAGCGGAAAUAUGAUCCAUCCGUAUCGAAGAGAGGAAUUGAGAUCAACAAUUGCUCUUUCUAUUGCACAACCAAGAGACAAAGAAAAGGCAAGGCACAGACACAGAAGAUCAAGUAA